AUGCCGCGCAGACCGACCACAAAGGCGUCUCGCGCCGUCGGGCGAACACCCGCCAUUCCAACGCCGAUCCUCUCGACCUAUACCACGCCCACCAGCUCCGCAUACCCGUCUACCUACGCCUCCGAGGCCGAGUUAGACCCCGACGAUGAUCUAUCCAAGAUUGCCAUCGGCGCCUUGUCUCUUGACGGCCCGGUCGAGAAGCCAAAGGCGAAGAAGCAGGCGUUCUGCUUCCUUGCUCUCCCGACCGAGUUGCGCCUCAAGAUAUACGGCUACCACUUUGCCGGUAUCGGCGUAAUCGACCUCGACACGGACAACUACAAACGUAUUCACAAAAAAUUGGCAAUUCUCCGUACCUGCCGGACCAUCUACAACGAGGCCACCUACUUGUUUUAUAGUAGUCACACCUUCCGCAUCUUUCCUACGCAUGCAGGCCGCUUCUUCAAGACCAAAAAGCCGUUGCUCGCGAGGCUGAAUACCCGCCAGCGCAGCCUGAUCACGUCGCUCGAGCUGCGUCUGGGCCCUGGCUGGGGUCAUAAACCCCCACGCGGCUGGGUGGUGAACUCGGCCCUCGGCCUCUUUGACUGUACCAGUGUGCGAAGACUGACAGUUUUUGUUGAGUGCGACCCCAGUGAUGGUGUUUUCAACGGCUUUCGUCGGGAUGAUGACUUCUAUGAAGGAUUUUGCCGUAUCCUCCUGAAGGACGUCCUUGGGGACAUGGCUUUUGUCGAUCGCGUCUAUUUUGACGCCUGGAGCAGCGUGAAGAAGUCGGGCGCCAUGAUGCGUGGUCUCAUUGACAUUGCUUUUGCCCAGGGAAGAUCUAUCGGUUGGGGGCCGGACAGAGGCUGGACCGAUAAUGACUGUGAGGAGAAAACGUUGGACGCUGGCACUCAGCGUGACGCUACUGCGACCGCUCUCUUAAACGGUGUUGGACUGGACGUCUUUGUAGUCGCCUAG